AUGCUGUCUGCAUUGAUCGCUCCCUUCAAGUACAUGAGCCCUGGGGCAGGCAGCAUAGAGGAUGAGGACAAUCUAAGUACGAGCAGUACGGAGGUCAAAGAGAACCGGAAUAUCGGGAACCUGGAGGACCUUGCUAUUGCAUCCUCGGACCGUCAGUCACUCUUCUGUUCCGAUCCGUCCAGAGGCGGGACUUCCGGCUUGAAAAGGAAACGGCCGUUGGAAGAGGACAACAACGGACACCUCUGCAAACUGCGACUCUUCUACAAGAAAUUGUCAUGGUCUGACACACCAAAGAACGCCCUUGUUCAGUUGAACGAGCUACGGCCAGGUCUCCAAUACCGGAUGGUGUCUCAGACUGGACCCGUGCACGCUCCUGUCUUCUCCAUCGCAGUGGAGGUAAAUGGGCUAACCUUCGAGGGCACGGGCCCUACCAAAAAGAAAGCCAAAAUGAGGGCGGCCGAAUUGGCCCUCAAGUCCUUUGUCCAGUUCCCCAAUGCCUCCCAGGCACACUUUGCCAUGGGCAGCCUGGCGAACCCCUCAGCCGACUUCACUUCCGACCAAGCGGACUUUCCGGACACUUUGUUUAAGGGUUUUGAACCUCCUUCGUCGCACACCGAGAGCUUCCCCCGCUGCCGGUCCUCUGAAAACGAGCUCUUCUCCAGCACCCUCCGCCAUGGACGUUUGCUGCGCCACACACUGGACCUAAUGGUGCAGGCCAGGCAGGGUAAACAGAGGCUGGCUCCCCCGGUCACGGCCUCCGCCCCCAUGUCCGCAGAGCACCAUCCCCAACCCAGCGCCGUGGUGCUGCUCAAUGACCUGCGGCCUGGCCUGCGUUACGCCUGCCUCUCCGAGUGCACCCAGGGCAGACGGGCGCGCAGCUUCGUGAUGGCCGUGCGAGUGGACGGAAGGAUAUUCGAAGGUUCGGGCCGCAGCAAGAAACUUGCCAAGAAUCAAGCCGCACAGUGUGCCCUGCAGGCUCUCUUCAACAUCAGGCUGGCACCUGAGGGGCGAACGGACCAUAGGCCCAGCAGGAUUAAGUGCCCUCAUUUACCCCAGGAUUUUGCCGAAGCAAUAUUCCACUUGGUGAGGGAGAAAUACCUCGAGCUGGCAGGCAGCCCAUCCCCCACGCACGCACGCCACAAAGCCUUGGCAGGCAUCGUAAUGACCAGAGGUCUGGACCUAAGACAAGCUCAAGUGGUGGCACUGUCUACUGGCACGAAGUGCAUCAACGGAGAGUAUAUCAGUGACCAAGGGCUCGUCGUCAAUGACUGCCAUGCCGAAGUCAUGACGAGAAGGGCCUUAAUCCGCUUUCUCUACUCUCAACUGGAGCUGCACCUCAGCCAGAGGAAAGAAGACUGGGAGCAAUCGAUCUUUGUGCGCUGUAAAGAAGGCGGCUACCGGCUGAGGGAAAACAUCCUCUUCCACAUGUACAUCAGCACGUCGCCCUGUGGAGACGCCCGCCUCAACUCACCUUACGAAAUCACAGCUGACUUGAACAACAGCCGACCACUGGUAAAGAAGUUUCACAGCCACCUGAGGACUAAGAUCGAGUCAGGGGAAGGAACGCUUCCCGUGAGGUCGCAGACGCCUGUUCAGACGUGGGAUGGAGUUCUGCAGGGUGAGCGACUCAUCACCAUGUCCUGCACAGACAAGAUCAGCAGGUGGAAUAUACUAGGCCUGCAGGGGGCGUUGCUGAGUCACUUUCUGGAGCCAGUGUACCUGUCCAGCUUAACGGUGGGCAGCCUAAGACAUACGGGUCAUUUCUCCAGGAUGAUGACCCAGCGUCUGGAGCAGGUUGGACCUCUGCCCUUCACCUACAGGCGCAACCAGCCCCUUCUCAGUGGCUUAAGCAGCAGCGAGGGGAGGCAGUCUGGGAAGUCUCCGUGCUACAGCGUUAACUGGACGGCUGGAGACUCUCAGCUGGAAGUGGUCAACGCGUCUACGGGGAAGAGGAAGGACUCAGGAGCCCCGUCUCGACUCUGCAAGCACGCACUGUUCACACGCUGGGCAAGACUCUACCGCAAGGUGAGGCUAAACGUCCACACAGCCAGUCCAGUGGAAGCACCGUUGAUGUACUGUGAGGCUAAGUUGGCAGCAGGUUGCUAUCAGACUGUGAAGCAGCAGUGGAUGAAGUGUCUACAGGAGUCAGGACUGGGGACCUGGGUGAGAAAGCCACCAGAACAGGAGCACUUUCUCUCCUCUUUGUGA